AGGCCUGGCGCAGCACCUGACCCGCGUGGCGCUGCUGGGGAACCCGCUGCGCACGCUGCGACCGGAGCUGCUCCGUGGCGGUGCAGAGGCCUUGAAGAAGUUCCUGCGGACACGGCUGGAGCCAGACUUGGCCCCCGCAAGCGCCUCCACUGCUUCCAGCGCCUUCCUCGUGGAGCUGCGCUCGGCGCAGGGCACGGGGCAGCUGACCUUGGCGGAACGGCAGCUCACGGCGCUGCCGCCGUUGCCCAGGAGUUUGAAGCUGUUGGACGUCUCCUCCAACCACUUAACCAGCGGAACAUUGAUGUCGUCCCUGCGCGAGGUGGACGUCUUGCAGUGCCUGCGGGCCAAGAAGAAUCGGCUCGGGGGCACCGGGGGUGACACGCAGCUGGUGCCCAUGCUGGUCUCCCUGCAGGGUUUGCAAGAGUUGGAUCUAAGCCAUAAUGGGCUGAGUCACUUGGGCGCCUGGCAAGGAGUGUCCGCACCCAGCUUGACCUUCCUGGACCUCUCGAGUAAUGGACUCACCGAGAUCUCCGGGCUCUGCGACCUGCUGGAUGCAUGCCCCAAAUUGCAGGAGCUUCGCCUGCGUCAGUGCAGCCUGAGUUCCAUCGACAUUUUGACGGCUCUGCGAAAGAGUCACCGCCUGCAGACAUUGGAUUUGGAGGAAAAUCGCCUCAGUUCCCUCCCUGCAGAGCUGCUGCGAGCGCUGCCCAGCUUGAAGACCCUGCUGCUGGCGAACAACGACCUGAGGUCGAGCUUGCCCUCAGAAUUUGGCCAUUGGGAAAGUUUGCAGGUGGUGACCCUCACGGGGAACCCCUUGAAGGCGCUCCGCCAAUCCCUCCUGGCCAAGGGCUGGGCCGCGGUGGCCAUGCACCUGCGGAACUUCGGAAAUGUCGAGGUCCCACCACCGGCUCCAGACAGUGCGGUUGAAAGGCAGCCCAGGCCUUUAUCGACAGGUCAAGCGGCUCACGCACCAAGAGCGGCGCACGUGGCGUCGCAGGUGGAGAAACUCCACGAAGGCG